AUGUCCUGCUCCAGCCUGUGUUCCACCUCGUGUGGGGUGUGUGCCCCGGCCCCGCUGGCUGACAGCUGCAACGAGCCCUGCGUGCGGCAGUGCCCCGACUCCACGGUGGUGAUCCAGCCCCCGGCCUCGGUGGUCACCUUCCCCGGGCCCAUCCUCAGCAACUUCCCCCAGCAGAGUGUUGUUGGCUCAGCGGGAGCCCCCGUUGUUGGAGGGGGCUAUGGUGGAUCCUCUGGACGCCGUGGUGGUUCUGGAGGCUAUGGGGGCUUUGGGGGCUUUGGGGGCUAUGGAGGCUUUGGGGGCUAUGGAGGCUUUGGGGGCUAUGGGGGUUGUGGAGGCUUUGGGGGUUGUGGAUCUAGCAGCUACUUCAGAGGCAACUGUGGGCCCUGCUAA